UGAACGGUUUCACUAAAUUAGCAAAAUAAUGAAUUAGUGAUUAUAAUAAGUUGCCUCAAACACUUCGAAUGAAGUGGACGGCUUUUUAAUUGUAAAUAGAAAAUAGUAAUAAUUCUCAACACAAUACAUGUUAUAGUUUAAGUUUUGGUAGUUUUUUUUAUUAAGUUUUACAGUGCCUCCAGAUAUUUUUGUGUUAUGUUAUAAAAUUGUGCAGUUUUAUACGUUGCGACGAGUUGCAUAAAUAUUUACAUGCAACAUGGUGUCCGCCGGCAAGAAGAGCGGCUGGCUGAUGGGCUGUGGCUCGGUGAUGGUGGUCGUUGGCGCCGUGAUGGUGAUCCUGUGGCCGUCCCUGUUCUUUACACAGUUGAAGAAUAUGAUGAUCCUAUCCGAAACGUCAAUGUCAUUCUCGAUUUGGCGGGAAGUGCCGAUCCCCAUGUACCUCGAGUGCGUUAUGUUCAACAUAACUAACGUGGCGGACAUUUUGGCGGGAAAGAACGUCACGCUCGAGGUCUCCGAGAUGGGACCAUAUGUGUUCAGAGAAGAACUUACAAAGGUGAACUUAACAUGGAACGAUAAUAGUACGAUAACUUACUAUAACCAGAAGUUCUGGCACUUUGAGCCGGAGCUGUCCAACGGCAGCCUGUCUGAUAUCAUCACCAGCAUCAACCCGAUUGUGGUGACGGUCGCAUACUACAUGCGCCACCAGCAUCCGCUCCUCAAGAUACCGGUGGAUGUGUUCAUGAGGAUGUUCCACGAGGACAUGUUCGUAUCGGCGAAUGUUUCAUCCUGGAUGUUUGACGGUAUCGACGAUCCGAUCCUGGAUAUCGCCGAACGGUUCCCGGAUUUGCCAAUUGACAUCCCGUUCGAUAAGUUCGGCUGGUUCUAUGGGAGAAACGGUUCGAAGGAGUACGACGGUGUUUUCGUGAUGAACACGGGCGCAUCUGACUUCUCGCAAAUUGGUAACCUGGAGAUGUGGAGGAACUCCAAUCGCACGCACUUCCGCGACGAGUGCGGCGCGGUCAAGGGCUCCACGGGGGAGCUGUGGGCGCCGGAGCUGGGGCAGCCGGAGGUUACGAUAUUCGCGCCGGAUAUAUGCACAUACAUGGUGCUGGCCAAGAACGAGACAAUAAGUGUGUUGGGUAUAGAAGGGCAGAAGUAUGUGGCCAACGACUCUCUUUUCGACAACGGCCACAAGUAUCCAAGUAUGGCGUGCUACUGCGACGAGGUGCGCGACGCGGACUGCCUGCCGGCGGGCGCGCUGAACGUGUCCGCGUGCCGCUUCGGCGCGCCCGCCUUCGUCACGCUGCCGCACUUCCUCGGCUUGGAGCCGCCCUACCCCAGCAAAGUUGUCGGCUUGAAUCCUACGCCCGACAUGGUCUUCAGUGUAGCGCUGGAAAUGUUCACUGGGAUGCCGUUGGAAGUGUUUGCGCAGUUACAAAUCAACUUGCUGGUCAGACAUGUGGGUGAAAUCACCAUCAACAACCAGCUCCCGGACCCUGACACUCUGGUGCCCAUGUUCUGGUUCAAGCAGGAGGUCAACAUAAGUGACGACUACGCGAGGCUCGCCAAGUUCGCGCUCAACCUGAGAUACUGGAUGCCAUUCGGUUUCUACGCUUUGACUGGUAUCGGCGUGAUAUUAUUAAUAAUUGGUAUAUGGAUAUUAGUAAAAAAAUUAUUGAAGUCACCAGAAUCUCCCAUACUAUCGGGAGUGUCCCAAGAAGACCUGGCCAACGAACGGUAGAAUACCGUUAAAUACCGGUUAGUUAAGAUGAUACCGGUGCAAUACCGAUUUUUAAUCGGUGCGAUACGUUUCGUUACGAUUCUGAAAACAUACAGGAUAAGUUAACGAAUGGAUAUCGAUGACAUUGUUAUAUGUUAAAAAAAAUCGAUGUUUUUAUAUUU